UCUCCCUUGCUAGCCUUCCCGAACUUUCAGUCCUUCCUCUUAAUCCCAUUACUUUUAAUUUUAAUUUCUACAGUAUAGCACCCACGCUACGACCUGAUAUUGCAUCUGGCGUCGCAAACUAGGAAGAACCCUUAAAAGUGCCAGGGAAUAGAUGCUUGUGAGUGGGUAUUUGAUCUCAUACACCCUUGUCUUACAGCAGUGGAGAAUUCCUGUACAACAAAAGAAAUUCAACGAACCAACGGCCGACCUCGCUUUGCAUAUCCAUAACGCCUGCAUACAUACAAUCCAUACAGAAGGAAGGCCCUCGAGCCUGGUAACCUAUUGGUCCCUCGGAACCUUUGGUUUAAUACUUCGAAAGCGGCAGAACUUCUCUGUUCAGAUAUCGUCGUCGCAGAACAUAGGGAGAGUCUUAUCCUUCUCUUCUUUGUUCGAUCUUUUCCCUUCCUUCCAAAGUCUUGUGAGAGUCUCAGACCUGUGCUGCUCUACGUGUUCCGCACCACGAUAAGAGCGUUGAAGAGGUACGUCGAAAAAUUCUCCUAUCCGUUUCCGAUCCUCGUCCCGAAACAUUUCUUCUAUCAUUUGCGGGAGACUUUUUUCUCUUGCGCACCCAAGAGGUAGUGUUCGUAGAAUUUGAUCUUCCGCGCGUGGAAGACACGGGCGAAAGCUCCAUGGCUUUUUAGGAGAUGCUCCAGAUGGGAUCUCCCCUUCCGACCCAUUCAGACACGAGAUACUAUGUGGUCGUCACACUAAAUGAAUUGAAAACCAUCUAACGACGUCGUGUAAUCUGCAGACUGCCCAAGCAAUUUCUUUUUCAACACCUCGAGUCGUACUCGUGCCAUACUACGAACGUUUACUUUCGAAUACAAGGCCCGCUGGUAGCCUGGUUCGAAGCGUCUUUUUUUCCCGUGAAAGGGCUUUACUGUCAUAAAUCGUGGUGAUUGAAACACAUGCAUCCUUAAUGAUGGAUACUGAGGAUGGACAGUUCUUCAUAAAGGUACUUGGGAAAAACAUCUUCUUUGCAAAACUCGAUCUGUCAUAUCAUGGCAUGUGCUGAUAAUUCAUUUUAUUUGCAGAACUUGGCCCACUUUGUUCGUACACAUGAAAAGGCUCUCGCGAAUGCCUUGCAACUUCGACGUCAACAAGCUCCUAAACAUGGCUCCUCAAACAGCAUAUCUAGUGUUGUUGGAGGGUCUGCUGUCCCAUCCCCAACAGUGACAAACCAGCCAUCAUCAGCGUCUUCUUCUACGACUUCUAGUACUCUCGCAGCUGCCCUCUCUCUCCCGUAUCUUACCUUCGCCUCCCACAACAUCAAGCCUGCCAAACUCGCGUUGACACCCCAUCAUCUAUUCUAUCUCCUUUCUCGAUUUGAAGAUCUAGGAGUUCCAGUUGGUCCAAUGAAUGUGCGGUUAGAGAAUCUCCAUGCAGAUACAUCAGCAGCAAACUACGUUUCGUUUUUAAGUCAGUCUCAACGUCCGAAAGGUCGUGGUUCUGACAGUGGAUCUAUCCACUCCGUGUCAAGUGUGAGGAGUGUAAUGUCUGGCAUGUCUUCCUUGUGGUCGAAUUUUGGCCUUGGAUCUGGGAGCUCUGCUGCUCGCACGGAGAAGCAGAAAGCUGCCAUUCAAGCUGACCUGAAGUACCUAUAUUCGGCAUUUACCAAAAUCCCCUGCCUUAGACUCGCUCCGGAUCGUCGCGCACGUUUGAUUGAAGGUUAUGAAGAAUUCCCAUUCGAUUCCGCUGUUCCACUGAUUGCCUUUAAAAAUAUUAGUGCUUUGGAAAUUAGUGACAUCGACAUUCGACAGUUCUUUGGCUGGGACAAGCUAGCAGAACAAUUGAGAUCAUUAACCGUGAAGCGGGCAGGUGUUGACGAUCUCGCUGAUCUAUUGAUCAAUAUUGUGCUGGACGAUAUUGAUAAAAGGAGGCGGCGGUCUUCCAAAGCACAAAUGUCACCAACUUCCACCUUCAUUCCCGGAUCGAGUCCAAGACGUAGUCCAACAAUGCCACAUGCAGAGCUCGUGAAAUCUAGUUCUGCACCCGGAUCACCAGAUGAUCGCAGCCACCUUAUCGAUACAGAAGCAAGAGGGUUAGUACGUUCAGGUUCAGAUAUUGCCGAAUUCGGUAAAUCUCCAACCAAGCAUGGGCAAAGACCAAGAAGCAACUCUCCUGUUCGCCCACCAAGUUCCCGUACGGGUUCAUCGCAUGGUCAUCUUCGUGGCUCCUCCUACAAGGUUAAAAGGUCUGGUUCCGGGAGUUCGCAUUCAAGCAUGUCUGAUAGUUGGCACAACCCCCGAAACAGUACCUCAAAUAUGUUGUCUAUGGGUGUUUUGCCAUCUUCAAAAUGGAGAUUCUUGAAACAUCUCAGCAUUGCAGACAAUGGUCUGACGUCUAUUACUGCGUCCAGCCUUGCCCCCUUAGCUAAUACCCUCCAUUCCCUCGAUCUCUCCUCAAAUCUGUUCGCUCAGAUCCCUGAUUGUUUGGCAUCUCUUACUGCAUUGCGAGCACUGAAUCUAUCUAACAACAUGAUUGAAUCUCUUCAUUCUCUUACCCGAAACCCCCUACCUGCUAUAUCCGCUCUCAAUUUAAGGUCGAACCGUCUCGUAUCGAUAGCCGGAAUUGAAAGGUUAUAUCCUUUGGAGAGACUUGAUCUCCGUGAUAACAAGGUUACUGAUCCGACAGAACUUGCCAGGUUGACAGGAAUACCAGAUAUUCGAGAGAUAUGGAUUAGUGGCAACCCAUUUACCAAAACACAUAACAACUACAGGACGACAAUCUUCAACCUAUUCAGACAAACACCAGGAUAUACCGAGGACAUUUUGAUUGAUGCUUAUGGACCUGGGUACACGGAAAGGCGGCAUUUGGUAGAGCGUGUUGCGGAACGACCAGGCGUGCCUGUUGUCAAACCACCUCCUCCCGAUUAUGGACUAUCUGCUAUCGAGGUCAACAAACCAAUUAUCGAGUAUGCAGCUCCGCGGGAACCUGCAGUACUCCGGAAAGAGCGACCGAUGCCUGUCGCUGCAACUAGUGAAAUUAACACUGGCUCCACAGGUCGAAGAAGAAGAACUCCAAAACGGCGAAUAGUAGACUUAUCGACUUCGGAAACAUCACCGAGCAAGCAAGGAGCCGUUCACAAUGUUAUGCCAGAAGAACCAUCGCCACCUAUGCCAAGAACAGUAUCGGACAGUAGCUACGGCAUAAGUCCUGAUUUUUCUCCCAGAACUAUUCCGACCUAUGUCCCUUCAGAACCUCGGCAGGUCCAGAGGCAACCGGACAUUCCACGCAUCGACACUUCCAUAUUACCUCGUUUACCUCCAAUGCCACCGGUGGAAACAGUACCUUACGAGACAGCAAUUAAACCACAGGCAGUCAAGACUCCCGAUUCCCCCGAUUGGAACAUAAGUGGUGAGCUAUAUCGAAAGAAGAUAGAGGCUCUAAGAAAUGAUGUUGGACAAGGGUGGUUGAGUGUGUUAAGCGAAGAAGGUUGGGAGGCUCAAAAGAAAAAUCAACCCACUGGAUAUCAAACCUCCGAAUACGACUCAACGGUUACGAUGAGAUCAGUUCCUACAAUCAGGGGAGCUAGCCAACAGACGAUACAUAGUGGCCGUACCUUGGGUUGAAGUGCACACCGGCAAAAGCAAAGUUCACAUACAUACAAAACUAGAAUGGCUUGAUCUCAGUAAAGGGCAGGUCAAGUGUUUGGCAGGUAAUGUGAUUCCUGCGAAUGAAUAAUCAUUAUCGAUAUGGAUACUGGUUAGUUGAGGAGGAGAUGAGAGAAGAGGCACUUGUUUAUUUUGAUACCCCGACCCCAUUCUUCUUUAUAUUGUUUUUUGAGAAAAUUGAUUUGUAUCAUCGAAUGACGAACGACUCUGCUCUUGAUUGAAAGAAAAUUCUGCAUGGAAGAGGCAUUUUAUUUUAUUUUAUUUUUCAGGCUCGAACUUUUUUUAUCAUCAUGGAAUGCGUGCAUAGCGUUUAGGUUGGAGGUCAAGUUGCUGUUUAUGUUUUCUUUUAUGAACGAAUCAAAUGAUGGAUUGGAACAGAAAUUUUUUCGGCUUCUUCAAGAAUGAAAUGAAUGAAUGGAAUAUGUUACUAGAUCUUGAAAAGGCAAUGAAAGGGAACAGUGACGAUGAGAGAGGAAUUUCGAGCCAGAGAAAGCAAUGUCAUGUUUGUAACUAAAGCUUUUUUAUGGAUGGAGUUUUAAGGUUGGGAAAUACUUUCAUUUCAUCUACCCAUGGUUUGAUCUUUGAGAUGGAUGGAUGGGCUGGGGCGUUUGAAUCAUGAGUUACUGUUGGUCUUGCCUGGAUGGGGAGGCAUUUACACAUAGUGGAUGUGCUUGGGAUCAGGUGGUGGGAGGUGGGAGGUUUACGUCAAUGCGAUAUGUUCAAAAAAUGGGAAAGUCAUAGUGGUCGAUUCAUGGUCAGUGUUUGGGAAGCGGAUUGGCAUAUGAUAGGAUGGGAUGGGAGAUGAGAGGAGAUACGAAUGACAGAUGCAGCAGCUUGAAUGAGAGAUGGAUUAAUGAAUUGAAAGGUUGUUCUUUUGUGAUGAUGAUGAUGAUGAUGAUGAUCUGUCU